AUGACCCGACCUGUUGCUGUGGAAGAUGUAAAGAGAGAAGUUAAGAUUCUUAAAGCCCUUAAAGGCCAUGAGAACAUUGUUCACUUCGACAAUGCAUUCGAGGACGAUUCAUAUGUGUAUAUUGUGAUGGAACUUUGUGAAGGUGGUGAACUAUUGGACCGGAUUUUGGCAAAAAAAAACAGCCGCUAUAGUGAGAAAGAUGCUGCUGUGGUGGUGCGGCAGAUGCUCAAAGUGGCUGCUGAGUGUCAUCUGCGUGGGUUAGUCCACCGAGAUAUGAAGCCUGAGAACUUCCUUUUCAAAUCAACCAAGGAGGAUUCGCCUCUGAAGGCAACAGAUUUUGGUUUGUCAGACUUCAUAAAACCAGGGAAGAAGUUCCGUGAUAUAGUUGGCAGUGCCUAUUAUGUUGCACCAGAAGUAUUAAAACGUCGAUCUGGACCUGAGUCCGAUGUUUGGAGCAUAGGAGUUAUAACUUACAUUUUGCUCUGUGGGAGGCGCCCUUUUUGGGAUAAAACAGAGGAUGGUAUAUUCAAGGAGGUUCUAAGAAACAAGCCUGAUUUUCGUAAGAGGCCUUGGCCAAGCAUCAGUUCAAGUGCUAAAGAUUUUGUUAAAAAAAUACUGGUGAAGAACCCAAGGGCGAGAUUGACAGCAGCUCAAGCUCUCUCACAUCCAUGGGUGAGAGAAGGAGGAGAUGCAUCUGAGAUCCCUGUCGAUAUAUCUGUGUUGUACAACAUGCGCCAAUUUGUCAAGUACAGCCGUUUUAAGCAAUUUGCGCUGCGGGCCUUAGCAAGUACAGUCAAUGAGGAAGAGCUAGCGGAUCUAAAGGACCAAUUCGAUGCUAUUGAUGUUGAUAAAAGUGGAUCAAUUAGCAUUGAAGAAAUGCGGCAUGCCCUUGCGAAGGAUCUUCCUUGGAGAUUGAAGGGCCCUCGUGUUCUCGAGAUCAUUCAAGCGAUCGACAGCAACACGGAUGGCCUUGUCGACUUCAAAGAGUUUGUUGCAGCAACUCUCCACAUACAUCAGAUGGCUGAGCUGGACUCUGAAAGGUGGGGCCUGCGCUGCCAAGCUGCUUUCAGCAAAUUCGAUCUGGAUGGUGAUGGAUACAUCACCCCCGAUGAACUUAGAAUGGUAAGUUCUGAUUCCCAUUGUGUCCAUGUUGGUUCUUCGAUUCACACAUCAUGUCACAUAAUCCUUUUUUGCGCUUUUUUGCUCAUGAAUGGUGAGUUGGCUCGACUUAAUCUGGAUGAGACGGUCCAUAUUGUGCUUUGCUUCCAACUAUCUGGUUCUUCAUAUUCAGUGAAUGAAGUAAUUCCUCGAGUUUGCGCAUAG